AGAUUAUUUCGUGUGGCAAAGGAGCUAGGGAAACUCAUUUUUCUUGAAAUUGAAGGCCGUGCACAUGCAUGGACUUCCUUGAUUGAAAUCCGUUGAUAAUUAUUCAGAAACCGCUGAAGCUUCUCCGCAAUGGCUCAUACCGGCGAAGGCGAUACCAGGGUCUCGUGGUCAUCCGUCUACUCCAGGCAGCCGCAGCUCAUCUCAAAGCAAUCGUUCAUUCCUCGUCAGUGUCAGAAAGCAGUCAGCAGUGCAGUAUGUUGUACGGUUAUGCAUCCAUUCACGUACUGCAAAACUCUGGUCCAGUUCGGACAUGAACCGAUGGAGCCGAAACUAUCCAAGAAUUGGCUGGGAACUCCUGUCCUGAUGCUUCCUAGCAUCUUUCAGUACAUUCGUCACGUCAAGCGUCGAGAGGGAUUUACCGGGUGUUACCGUGGCUUAAGUGGAAAUAUUGCUACACACGUUGUUCGCAAUUUUACUUACGACUAUGUGGAACGAUGGAUGAAUACGGUCGACGAAGAAUCUUCAAGACAGGACGAUGAGGAAUCCGACGGAUCACAGAAGGUAGUAGCGAAGCGAAUCCUCAAGCAAGUCUGCGUGCAUGGGGUUUCCAUCGUCGUCAGUCAGCCUUUUCAUGUCAUCACCUGCCGCAUGAUGGUCCAGUUCAUUGGACAAGAGACGAAAUACAACGGUAUUUUCGGCUCGAUCCGGGAGAUUUAUCAUAGUGAUGGUAUUCUUGGCUUCUUUGCUGGUAUUGUGCCGAAGCUUAUUGGUGAUAUUACAUUGGUUGCCCUGACGCAAUAUACGAAUUACUGGAUAAAUCGUCUAGUGAGCGACCCGAAUGUGCGGACGAUUGCACCCUACAUUACUUCGAUGGUAUGCUCGUCGGUGAUGUAUCCGUUCACCAUUGUUUCCAAUUGUAUGGCCGUCAACGACUGCGGUUUGGUCGGAGGAGUGCCGCCACACAUGCCGUUGUAUGCGGAUUGGACGCAGUGUUAUUCUCACCUGCGAAGCAUCGGGCAGCUCAACCGCGGAGGCUCAUUAGGCGGUCGUUAUUACGUUUCUGGGCCCACCGCCAUUAUUCUUGCUUCUAGUCUGAGGAAGCGGGUUGGAUAACCCUGUGAUGUGUUUUCUGUUGCCGAGUUUGAUUAUGUGAGGGGGAAGAUGGAAGUUCAGCAUAUGUUUCGCUGAAUCGUUCGCAAUUUUUGGCCUGUACCUGUUGCCUUUAGUCGCAGUCCUCGGAGAUUCUUUGGGUUGUUUUCUCACCAGUUCUGUUGAAAAUCGUUGAACGUGCUGCAUUUAUGAUCGAAAA